AUGAGGAAUUAUAGAUCAUCAAUUUUUGUGGUACUAAUUCUUGUAAUCUUUCUCAAUGGGCAGAUCAGUUUAACCGUUGCUGAUCAGAGCAAGGUUCAUAUAGUGUAUUUGGGUGAGAAGCAGCAUGAUGAUCCUGAAUUUGUCACGGAAUCUCAUCAUCAGAUGUUGUGGUCACUUCUUGGAAGUAAAGAAGAUGCCCACGAUUCAAUGGUGUACAGUUAUCGACAUGGCUUCUCAGGUUUUGCAGCCAAGCUUACCAAAUCCCAAGCCAAGAAGAUUGCAGGUUUACCUGAAGUUGUUCAUGUCACACGGGAUAGUUUCUACAAGCUGAAAACAACUCGGACUUGGGAUUACUUGGGCCUUUCUGCCGCCAAUCCGAAGAAUCUUUUAAAUGAUGCUAAUAUGGGUGGACAAAUUAUCAUCGGUGUUGUAGACACAGGAGUAUGGCCUGAAUCUGAAGUAUUUAACGACAAUGGAAUAGGGCCUGUGCCGAGCCACUGGAAAGGAGGAUGUGAAUCAGGAGAGAAUUUUACUUCCUCUCACUGCAACAACAAGCUCAUAGGAGCAAAGUAUUUCAUCAAUGGUUUUCUUGCAGAGAACAAAAGCUUCAACACCACAAAAUCUCUUGAUUUCAUUUCCCCAAGAGACCUUAAUGGCCAUGGCACGCAUGUUGCUACCAUUGCAGGCGGUUCUUAUGUGCCCAACAUAAGCUACAAGGGGCUAGCUGGAGGGACUGUGAGAGGUGGUGCACCACAUGCUCGUAUAGCAAUGUACAAGACUUGUUGGUAUCUUGAUGAUUCGGAGAUAACAACUUGUUCAGCAGCUGACAUCUUGAAAGCAAUGGACGAAGCUAUACAUGAUGGUGUUGAUGUUCUUUCCAUCUCUCUAGGUUCUGAGGUUCCUCUGUAUGGCGAAACUGAUAUUCGCGAUGGGAUAACUACUGGAGCAUUCCAUGCAGUAUUAAAGGGUAUCACAGUUGUUUGUGCUGGUGGUAACUCUGGCCCUCAGGCUCAGACCGUGACAAACAUAGCUCCUUGGAUCUUGACUGUGGCUGCAACUACUCUAGAUCGGUCCUUUCCCACUCCUAUUACACUUGGGAACAAUAAAGUGAUAUUGGGUCAAGCAAUCUACACAGGUCCAGAAAUUGACUUCACUAGCUUGGUUUACCCAGAGAAUCCAGGGAAAAGCAGCGAAAGCUUUUCUGGUACUUGUGAGGAGCUUUCCGUGAAUUCUAAUCGUACAAUGAUGGGGAAAGUCGUGUUGUGUUUCACAACGUCACCUUUCAGUGCUUCUGUAUCAAAGGCUGCACGUUACGUGAAGAGAGCUGGUGGUCUCGGCGUAAUCAUAGCAAGACACCCUGGCUACACUCUCCGACCAUGUCUAGAUGAUUUCCCUUGUGUUGCUGUUGACUACGAGCUUGGGACUGAUAUACUUCUCUACAUACGGUCUAGUGGAUCUCCUGUUGUGAAAAUACAACCUUCUAGAACACUUGUUGGACAACCAGUUGGUACAAAGGUGGCAACUUUCUCAUCAAGAGGGCCUAAUUCAAUUGAAGCUGCGAUCCUCAAACCGGAUAUAGCAGCACCAGGAGUUAGCAUAUUGGCAGCUACAAGCACCAAUUCAACUUUCAACGACAGAGGUUUCAUUAUGUUGUCAGGAACAUCAAUGGCAGCUCCUGUAAUUUCAGGAGUCGUUGCACUUCUCAAAACUCUGCACCGUGAUUGGUCUCCUGCUGCAAUUAGAUCAGCUAUUGUCACUACAGCUUGGAGAACGGAUCCGUUUGGAGAGCAGAUUUUUGCAGAUGGGUCACCUCGGAAGCUAGCUGAUCCGUUUGACUAUGGUGGAGGGCUUGUGAAUCCAGAGAAAGCUGCAAAACCAGGUCUUGUAUAUGACUUGGGACUCGAAGACUAUGUUCUCUACUUGUGCUCUGCUGGUUACAACGAGUCAUCAAUCUCUCAGCUUGUUGGGAAAUCAACAGUCUGCUCAAAUCCUAGACCAUCUGUUCUUGAUUUCAACUUGCCUUCCAUCACAAUCCCAAACCUCAACGAGGAAGUCACUCUCACCAGAUCUCUCACUAAUGUUGGACCACUCAAUUCGGUCUAUAAAGUAGCUGUUGAGCCACCACUGGGCUUUCAAGUGACCGUGACUCCGGAGACGCUAGUGUUUAACUCGGCGACCAAAAGGGUCUCUUUUCAAGUCACAGUCUCGACCACACACAAGAUCAAUACAGGUUACUACUUUGGCAGCUUGACUUGGAGUGACUCUGUGCAUGAUGUCACCAUUCCUUUAUCUGUGCGAACGCAAAUUUUGCAAAACUACUACGAUGAGAAUUGAACAAGGGAAAAAAGAAAGAGACUAACCAUUUGUGAAUUCUUCUAUAUAUGUAUCGAACUACUCAAAAAAUUCUAUCGUUGAUU